CGCCCCCGGGGCACGGUGGGCUUCCACCCCGCGGGAAGAGCAGCAGCUGCCCGACCAUCCCCCGGGGAAACAGGGCGGGGCCCAUGGAGGUGCUGGACGAAUACGACGCCCCGGUGCCGCUGCGGGCCACGUUCUGCCAGCUGAUCUCCGCCGAAACCUUCGAGCGGCAGGCGACGACCCACACGGAGCGCUCCCUGCGCCGCCUCUUCCGCAGCCUGGACCGCGACCCCGCGCUGGCAGAGAGGGUCGUGCGGUGGCGCAAGCAACGGGAGCGGGAGGGCCACGGCUGGGCCUCCUUCGUCAAGGCCAGGCUGUGCCUGGCCCUGCAGGGUGACCUCAACUACAGCAACAGCAUGGACGAGGCCGAGGAGCGCUGGAGGCUGGACCAGCUGAAGCGGGAGAUGCAGAGAGUCUACGUCUACACCCGAGAGUCGGGGCACGGCCGGAAGAGACGGAGGCCCCAGGGACCUGCGUCGGCCGCGGCCCCCACGCGGACUCCGGCACCGCCCGGCCCCUCCGGCGCCCCGGCCCCGGUCUUCAUGCCCAGGGUGUUCGGCCCCUUCCCGCCGCCCACCCACCCGCAGAAACUACCAAACAAGCAAGCGACACUUUCCCUGUCCCCAGGAAGCCAAUCCUCUAAUGGAAAAGACAGAUCUAGAGGGCGAGAAGGCCUCCGUCCCAGAGCCGAAACAGGCCGGCACCAACUCCUCAGCUCACCCCAAGAGUGGCCUGCUGAACCUGACCCCGCUGGUUCUCUAUCCCGGAGGCUUCCGCUCCUCUCGGCUGCCCGGCGGCCCGAACAAGCCCCGCGGGCCCUGCACCUACCCACGAAGUCUUCCCUGACUGCGACCUCGUUCCACAUUCCCUCUUCGGUGUCAACUCUGGUGUUGCCUGGCUGCCCCUGAAGCAUUUGCUGGUCACCCCAGUCCCACAGCACUUGACGUUGUACUCUCCAAGCGCUUCGUACAGUGUUCUGCAUACGGUAAGCGCUCAAUAAAUACGACCGAAUGACUCCAGCUCCUUCUGCUCUCCCA